AUGUCCAAGGCUGCGUCCAUGUUCCACCCCAAGAGGCUAGACCUCUCUGGGUUCGUUAACACCCGUGUCAUCCGAGACCACAACAAGCGCAACGCUUUUGCGCAAAUGGAACCCGAACGACAAGCGCUUCGCUAUAUUAUUCGCAACACAAGUCUCCCUCAACGAACCCGAGCCCAGGCGCAGCUCCAGCUCUCCCAGAUGCACUGUUACACGCGCCCAACACAGAUCAAGAACCGGUGUGUGGCGUCGGGCACUGCACGAAGUGUGUUCCGGGAUUUCAGACUCAACCGAUUCCAAUUCCGUAUGCAGGCUCUUGCGGGUGAGCUCCCCGGCGUCAAGAAGGCGAGUUGGUAA